CACAGCCGACCACACCCCACAGAUACAUCGCCUGUGAGUACCACCAGCACAUAAUGGUGCCCGCGACUUGGACUCCACCCAUGCACUUUGUUUUUUUUUAGAAACCAAAGUCCAAACCCCACACCUAUGGGGUAUGAGGACUCGAACCCGUGCCUGGCACAGCCAUCAAGAAGGGGGAACCACUAAGCCACACUAGCUGGUGGUACAAAGAACUCUAGCUGCACGAGCGAGAGAAGACGCGCUAUCUGAAAAGAAAAGAGAAAGAAGAUGGGAGCAGAAGCAGAAGCAGAGAAGCAAGGAACUGAGAAUGAGAAGCCAAGCCCCAAUUCCAUCACGGUGGCCCAGUUCCUCUCUUGGAAGCGUCAGAAGGAUGCUGAUGAGUCAGCCAGAAAAGCUGAAGUGGCGAGGAAGCGUGCAGAGGAUAUUGCUGCAGGAACAGUCCAAAUGAAUGGCCGGGAGCUGUUUUUACAUGAGCCUUGGGUGUUUGAUGACACUCGUCUUUGAGAAGUAUUAAGUAGAUUUGGCACCAACAAAAGAAAGAGUUGAUCCAGAUGGGAGAAACACAGUAAUCUGUUUUGCAGACAGAUCACUUAAAACUAUAUUUGCUUAUACCAAGGAAAUUUAAUUUGCAUAUUUUCCAUAACAGCUCUGUCAUCUAUGAUAGUACUAAAUUUCUUCUGUAAGUGUCAAUUAAGAAGUGGGCUAUACUGAUGUUUUGUAUCGGUUGGCUUUUUUUUACCAUUCAGAGCAUGAGGGAUUUUCUUGCUAUGUAGUUUAUAUACUUUACAAAGCAUUUGCACAGACCAAAAUAUUGCUUUAGCAUC